GAGAACCUAUGGGUUAUUGGAUGAUACUGUAUACUGUGUUUGUGUGUACCCGUAGUUGCUCGUUCACGGUUGUCAUGCAGUUGCACAAGAUCGUUCCAUCUGCUGUUCUGCACGUCAGAUUGGCUGACUCUGCGGAUGACGGCAUGCAGUUAAAUGCGUGAAGUACAGAUAUAUCGCGCCAACAUACAUUGUGCAGUGUGUAUGCAGGUUAUCGGUACAUCACGUCUGCCCGUCGCCUAGACACACCAUCUUUAGUAUGUACCCAGCUUAAGACACAGAGAAGUUGUCCUGGUGAAUAAGGCUCAUUCAAGCUGCCCUGGUAAAUUCCUGCAGGUGCAUGUGAGAAAAGGCAAUAACAGAGAUGGUUAGCAAUAGAUCUGGGAUGAGUAUAUUGUGCAGCUGGAGAGGGGUUAUACUGUGGUGUUAGAGAGUAGGAUGUAUAGGAAAAAUGUGGCCAAAAUGUACAUGGUUCAGGUUAAAGAAACUGGCAAUGGGGAAUGAUGGUUAUUGGAGAUACAGAGGUCACAUUUUGCCUGACCACCGAGACCCGGAAAAAAACGCUGGAGUCACCGCUGCCACCUGGAGAGGCUGUACGUGAGGCUGAGCGCUUUAGGGAUUUACAGGCUAUUUUUUUCAAAACUUUUUCUUCCCCUGGUAACAUAAAAGUAGAGACUCACAGCGAUGAGGAGAAUGGACGUGCCUGUGAAAUGAAUGGAGAAGAAUGUGCAGAAGAUUUACGAAUGCUUGAUGCUGGGGGGGAGAAAAUGAACGGCUCACUGAACGGACAAGGCACCAAAGCCUUAACUGGAGUUGGAGGUAUUCGACUUCCUAACGGAAAACUAAAAUGUGAUAUCUGUGGGAUAAUAUGCAUCGGCCCAAAUGUGCUCAUGGUACACAAAAGAAGCCACACUGGAGAGCGGCCUUUCCAGUGCAACCAGUGUGGCGCUUCCUUUACCCAGAAAGGCAAUCUUCUUCGCCACAUCAAAUUACACUCUGGGGAGAAGCCAUUUAAGUGCCACAUGUGUAACUAUGCAUGCAGGCGCAGAGAUGCUCUCACUGGUCAUCUCAGGACGCAUUCUGUAGGUAAACCACAUAAGUGUGGGUACUGUGGCCGCAGUUACAAACAGCGUAGUUCUUUGGAAGAACAUAAGGAAAGAUGUCACAACUACUUACAAAGUAUGGGGCUGCAGAAUAACCUUUAUUCGGUAGUAAAAGAAGAAACCAAUCAGACGGAAAUGGCAGAAGAUCUAUCUAAGCUUGGGUCUGAAAGAUCUCUUGUGCUGGACAGACUUGCAAGUAACGUCACCAAACGUAAGAGCUGUAUGCCUCAGAAAUUUGUUGGAGACAAACGGCUGUCAGACCUCCCGUAUGAUGCCAACAGUAAUUACGAGAAGGAAAAUGAAAUGAUGCAGACACAUGUUAUGGAUCAGGCAAUCAAUAAUGCCAUCACCUACUUGGGGGCAGAAUCCUUGCGUCCACUGGUACAGACGCCACCAGGUGGUCCUGAAGUGGUCCAAGCUCUGAACACAAUGUAUGCCCUGCAUAAACCUCAUGCCAACAUUGCCUCUCAUCCCAACCAAGCAGCCCAUGAAAGUGCAGUGGAAAACUUGCUGUUGCUUUCACAGGUUAAACCCAUCUCUUCUGAGAAACAGGUAUCCCCAAGCAACAGUUAUCAAGAUUCCACAGACACUGAGAGCAACAUAGAGGAAAGGGGAGGCCUCAUCUAUUUGACCAAUCACAUGACCCCUCAUCCCAGAAAUGGGCUCUCUCUCAAAGAAAACAAGUCAUUUGAUGUCUUUAGGCCUGCCAAUGACAAUUCACAAGAUGCUUUCAAAGUGGUCAGCAACAAUGGGGACCAGGUAAAGGUCCAUAAAUGUGAGCACUGUCGAAUUCUCUUCUUGGAUCAUGUGAUGUACACUAUCCACAUGGGCUGUCAUGGCUUCCGUGAUCCAUUUGAGUGCAACAUGUGUGGCUAUCAGAGCCAGGACAGGUAUGAGUUUUCAUCACACAUAACCAGAGGGGAGCAUCGUUUCAACAUGGGUUAAGCCUACCAAUAGGCAGUGAUUUUUAUGUGCCAAACUUCACUGGCGUUGCAGUGAAAUAAAAUAAAGCACAAAUGUGUAACAUUUAUUAAUCAUACAGAAAAUACUUUACAGCCAACUACUAAGUUAAUGAAAAAGGGAUUUACCGGCUACAAUAGCUAACAAUAGAACUGCUUUUUCCUAUUAAGGAAGCAUGCUUUCUUAUAAGAUUUUUAUUGUCACAAGAUGGUGCCACAUUUUGAAGCAUCAUGUUUUUGAAGAUCUUCUGAAGAGCAUUUGUAUUGAGCAACAUGGAAAAGCAUUCACCAAUGUGUGUCGUUAGUAACUGUCCAUUUAUGCUUAUGUAAUUAAAAUAUAUGGUAAUUCAAAAAGCGUUAAUGGCCAUUUGUAAGCAGUAAUUCUAAUAAUACUAGUAUCACUCACUGUAAAAUCUUUCCACAGACACAAAAAGUCAGUUAGUUUUUAUAUCAUGUUAAUUUAAUGUUUUAUACUACGGCUUACAACAUAGGAAAUUACCAAUGGAACAUAGAGAGUAUUUAAAUCAAAAUAUAAAUAUUAUGCCUAUGACAAUAGCUGAAGGAAUUGAUAGAAUAAGCCCCAUGUUAUGUCUAUAUAAAACUGACAGUAGUUUACUGCUAAUUGUACAAUAUGUUUAUUUAUAGCUUUAUCUGUAAACAUUGCAUCUAUGUUACUGCAAUUGCCAUUUUAUCCAACCAGAAGCAGUACACGUACAGUGUUAUAAUACAUUCUUGUAUAUAAUCACAAAGUGUUCCAGCACAUGUUUAGAAUUCACACUAUACAGUAGGUAAUUGGAGUUGCUUGGCUUGUAUAUUUUGAAUUUAUUAGAUUUCACUGAAACUACAUAGAAAAAACUUUGUCCACAAUUCAGAUUUGUUCGCAAACCUCAAUAUGAAAAAAUCCUUUUUGGAAUUAUCUUCUAACAGCAACAUCUGCAAACAUUAGACUGCAAUCAAGAGAAACAUAAGCAAAAAGAGAGCUGAACAAAGGAGUCCAGUUUAAUAGAUAUAAAGUCAUCUUGAUUACACACUUGUUAUUUUAGAUCUUAGUGAACAGCAAAACCAACAUAUUUAUAAGUCACCUUUCACUAUUUAUUAUUAUUUAAAUAUGUUAUUUAAAUCCCUUAUACUAGUAAUUGUCCGUUUCCCAUUGGGACCAAUACUCUCCAUGCACAGAUCUUAUCGUAAUUUUGAGAAAAAAGACACAUGCACAAGCGAUCUCUUGUACACUGGAUAGCGCUAGGCAAAAUAGUGCAGGGGAGAGCAACUGGCACUGGAGAUACAGUAGCUCCCUAUUCUGCUUAGAAGAACAGUGUUUCCCCAGUGCCAGCCUACCUCUCAGUGUCUCUUACAGAAGUGCUGACAAAGGCUGCCGUAUAAAUAUAUUGGUGUUUUACCCUGAGUCGAACAUUAAAGGGACAACAUUGUUCAAUCAUUUGGCUGAUGUAAGUUCAUUUUCUGUACUGUAACUAAUAUUUAAACAAUUGUUUAUUGCACAAAUCUGCAUGUAACUGACAAUGCCAAAUACAAACAGUUUUCCCAUAGGGAAACAGGUUUACAGACAACACCUGGCCAGUCAGAAAUACAGUAAGGACUCUGAGAUCAUGUGCAUAACAGGAUAACGACCCAGGACCAUUGACAGUUAUACCCCUUUCACACAGACCAAAAUUUCCCGGGUUAUUGCACAUGAGCGCGCACCAACCCGGGAAAUUUCUCAGUGUGAAAGGGUACAGGGUCAAAAUCCCGGGAUUCCUGCCCCGGCAUUUCAACCCUGCAAUCGACCAGGGUUGGUCCCGGGAUCUUCCCGGGAAUCUGGUCAGUGUGAACGGGAGCCGGGUCAAUGCGCCCCGGCUCCCGUUCACUCUCUAUGUAGCAGGCGGCGCUUGGAGAUCAUUGGAGAUCAGUAUGCCGGGCUGCAGACUGCGGUAUUCAAGGGGUCUUACCCAGGAAUGUGCCUGCAUGAUCCCGGGACCGUACUCCCGGGUAAGACCCCUGCAUUUUUGGUGUGAAAGGGGUAAUAGUCUAGGCCUGGGUACCGAGGGGUGUGUGGCCAAAUCUGGGAGUCAUGGCUAAACCCCUCCAAAAAAAACAAAUAUGUAAAAUUGUUCCCCUCAGCAGCUGGCCUGGGCCCCCAACACCCCACCCCCCAACAGGCCUGAGUCUGGGUAAUUAGCACCCACACCCCUCUCAGUGCCACAGUAGCUACCAAUGGGCUAUUUCCAGAACAUGUUCAAGCUAAUUAAUGACAGCCCAGAAACGGACACCCCGGAGACAGUUCCAGCACACACUUGCACCUGCAGCUGCCUUUGCUUGUAGACUACAUUUUCAUACAGACAUGCACCGCUGCCUACUGUAGAGUUGUCAGAUACAGUAAUUUAAUACAUGCGCCACAUAGAGAUGUGUACAAUACACCUUUUCCCAUAUAAGAAGUGUGGCCAAAUUAGCCAUGCAAUGGAAUCUGCAAUAUAAGAUAUGCCACUCUAAUCUGCUACUUUAUAUGAAUUAUUUUGCUGCAAAAGAAAAUUGGGAAUCCAUCCAAUCAUUACUUGUGGUGGAGCGUCUUAGCCAUACUAAGCAUUUCAUGCCAAAUGUAGCAAGAAGGGAAAGGUGUAUGAAGACACAUCUGUACAUACCACACUUGCCCAUAACAGUAAUAUAAAUUAUUGCAAUUGAAAAUUCUUUAAAAAAAAAAAAAAAGCAGCAAAAUUUAUUUCUAUAAAUUCAAAAUAUAAUAUUGAUUGCAGUUGUCACCCGAGAGUCACACAAACAAUGAAGCAAGUGUUGUUACACAACUCCAAUGAUACAUACUGGAUGAAAACAUGAAAAGUUUAUCUUUACCUUGGAUUUCUUAAGUUUGGUGUUACAAUCAUCCUAACAGUUAUAUUUUAGUUGAAAAAAACUGCACUUUUCUCUGUUUUUAAGGCAAAUUUGAAUAUGCACUAUUCAAUUUCAGUGCCGCUUUUUCGACUUGUCGCCAGCACUGGUAUAAAACACGUGGAUCGGGGAAAAUCCCCGCUGAUCCAUGUGUUUUGUCGAAUUGACAGGAGGGUUUUGCCGAUUUUCGAGGUCCAUUUUAACCCAUGUCAAUUCACCCACAAAAAAAGGUGAAACGGCAUGGCGAAAAUGUAUUAAAAAACCGUUGAAAAUGCCCACAAAAUGACUAGAGUGGGUCGAAUUAGUUCUGAUUUUUUUUGGGUAGCCAAAAAAAUGGCACUAAGUGCAUACCCACCUUGAUUGGUAGAUUUGUUGCAUUGUCAAACUCACCUGUAAAAAUGCUAUUUCUAUCGAUGAUUACGAAAAAAUAGAUUGUAAUAUAUUGCAAACCUGCCUACCUAAAAGCAAAAUACAUGUAACCAAAUAAGAAAGAUACAUGUUUGUAAAAAAUGUUAUUUAUUUGCUCUCUUUACACUUUGUACCACCUUUUUUAUAAAUAUUUUUUAUUUAUGUAUAUCAAUUAGGGUAUUUACUUAUCAAACCAUAUUGGAUUACAUGGGUUUAAAUGCGGUUUGAAUCUGUUUAACACCUUCACUGCAGGGUUGCAUUUAGAACUUGUUGCUGCAUUAAUGUGAACAAAACAUUGUAGCCUUUUUACAUGUGACCACCUUUCUUUUUUGUAUCUUUUGUUUAAGCAACUCAAUAAAAUGUUAGUUUGAACCAGAAA